AUGGAGAUUAUACAUGACCUACCGGAAGAUAUCAGAAGCAAAAUCGCUGGAUACUUGACGGACGAAGGCGUGCCAGUCGUACUGGGCGCACCGCCAGUUACGUCUGAUCAGACGUGUCCCAACAACAUGAGCGUCCGGGAUGCUCUAGCGAAUAUGGUGACCGACGGCCGCAAACACUAUCUCGAUUGGAAGUACAUGGGCUACAUGACCCACUACGUCGUGACGACCUGGUUCCAUGUCAACACCUUCCUCAUGCACGACUCCGUCGCGUUGGAUACUUUCUUCCGCGACAUCUGGCUCGGCGACACAGUCUUCCCCAGCAUCGUACCUGCGGAGUACUUGUACCACCUCACAGUCGUAUUGCGGGGCGAUAUAAAAGACUACGAGCCCCAGAAACGUGAAUGUACGGGGAGGACUCUAUGUAUCAGGCCAGUGAGGCCGGCGGACGUGUUCGGCGAGCAUCUUGAGCUAGUGCUUAAGAUGAAAAAGCUCCGCGGGUUCAGACUGCAUGUUAUUAUCGAGGCCGCCGAGCUGGAACGGGUCGAGGAGAUUUUGAGCGCGGUGAGGGGCGUGAGGGCGAGACUGAUGAGUAAGGGUGUGAGGGUUCAGUUUACUUGGGGAGGCGAGGAGCUGGAUGGAUAUUUCAGGGAAUUGCAGAAGAUUGGGGUAUGA